UCGCUUUUUAGCAGUGGCGUUGACAUGCAGCAAUAAUCGCUCGCCGCGUCGUCUUCUUCAAACUCAAUCGAAGAAAACAACAAAACGCAACAAAUAAAUAUACAUAUAAAGAAAAUCAAAGCAAAAAGAGAAAAUAAAAACACAAAGAAAUCAAAACAAAAACACGUCUGGCCAUUUCGUCAAUUUCGCGGUGUUUGUGCAUGCCUGUGUGUGUGUUUGUGUAAAGGACCAACGGCAAACACAAGCCAAUCCAACUCAAACGUGCGUUUGUGCACCCCUCUUUGACAGUUAGUGUGUUUCAGUGUGCGUGUGCGUUUCAGUCGGUGAGCAAAACCCCUCUCGCGCCAUUGCAUUUCUUUGUGUGAGUGUACCCAAGUGUUAAAGUGUGGAAUAAAUGCGAAUUUUAAGCAAAAAAGCCAUAGCUUUUUUUAAAAGUAAUUUCAUGUUUUUUACCGCAAUAUCUAAAAUAUAACCAAUUUCUACCAAACCAAUCACUGAAAUUGUCCCCCUCACUAGAGAAUAUCCCCUUAGAAUCCAAUAGUAAAAGCAAAAGAAACUGAUUCAAAAGUUAGUUACGUAAAUAAAUCGUAUCUUACAAAACAAGUUACGCCCCAAUAAAAUUUUCUGAAAAAAAAGCAAACACAAGUGUAAGAGCAUCAUUAGAAAUAAAAAAAAAAAAAAACAACAAUUUUCCAUUGUAAAAAAGGGAAAUCCUUAUCAACGUGAAAAAAAGUCCAAAACAUAAAAAAGGCAUUGCCAUUAUUUUCUAGCCAUAAAUCAUCAAAAUAUUACGGAUUUUUUGCCAAAACAAACGUUUCAAGAUAAUCAUUAACGAAAUACAACACAACAAACAGCAGCAACGCAAAACUGAGCAAAGCACAGCACAGCGCAGCAGAGCAGAGCAGAGCAGAGCAACACCAACAGCCAGCCAACAGCCAGUCACCUAAACAGAGCGCACACAAUUUCGUCUCAACGCAGUCGUGUUACGUAUGCGAAAGGGAACGGUUACAUCAAACGACAAAAUAAUAAUAAAAAAAAGUGUUUCAAGCUAAUUUAACGGAAAACAUGCAAAAAUUAACAACUUAAGCCAAAUCAAAAAGCAAGAAAUAUUAUAUAAAAGCAAUAAAAAUUGUGAAAAAAAAGUUGAUUAGUGAAAAAAAUAGAUAAAUACAUGGAAUGGAAGGAAGAGAGAGCAAAAAUUAAAUCAAAGAAAAUUCAAGAAAAUGCCAAAAUUUCAUUAAACAAAGUGAAAUAAAAAACAAAUUCCAUUGAUAAUUGAAUCACAACAGAAAAAAAGAAGGAAAACAAAACCUCUUAGUGAAUUUUAUUGUGCAAAACCAAACAAAAAAAAAAAAAAAAAAAUUGCAUUGUGAAAUCAUAGAAAAUAUUUUUCAAAAUACUGCCGGUAUUUUAUAAUGUCUAAAAGUGCCACGGAGCAAUUUCAAAUCAAAAAGAAAAGAAAACAUCCGUUUAGUGAAGCUGACUUUGCUUACGCUAACGCCACAGCCCUAGCCGUUUCCGUAGAAUCGGCCACCGCUACAAAAAUACCCCUUAAACGUUUUAUUACGGACCUUGAUUGCGAAGCGGAGGAGGUCAUUAUCAAAGAGAAUUUCUCAGAGUUUCAAAUUGAUGACAAAUACCUCAGCAAAUUGCACUCAUUGCACUUCAAACCAAUAACGGAUAUAUUUAUAGACUCCGUGUGCAUACCAGCUGUCGACGAAGCAGCGGCGGGCAAAUCCCUGGCCGCUGCCACUCCCCAGAAUAUUCUCUCAAGUGGAAACGAACCAGCAACGACAUUGUUGGCCCCGAAUUGUUUACGUGACAGAACCCAGGUACAGCCUUUGCUGCGACAAAAACCAACGCCGCCUGUCUCAUCAUCCAGUCAUACGAACAUUAUGCCGCUACAGCACGGUUUCUAUGUCAAGGGAGCUUUGGCCAGCAAAAGAGCCUUGAAAUCUAGCCCAAAAGUGCAACACAAUACCACCACCAGCAGCAGCACCAACACCAUCACCACCAAUACUCCAUUGAUGGCUACAGCGCUGGAAGCCAAAAGAGUUAAGCGUUCGCCAGGGGCCACCACCACUAGUGUUGCAGCAGUGCAGCAGGGUGACAGCGAUAAGUUACGUCGUUCGCCCUCUCUAAUGGCGGGGCAGACAGCCAAUAAUUUGCAAUUAUCCUAUCUGUUGGGUGAGUCUUUGGCUCGCCAUGGCCGUCUGCAGGAAGCCUUUGACAUUUACGCCUUGAUAGCCAGUGAGCAGCCCAAGGGUUUUAUACCUUUGGAAAAGCUUAACAUUUUGGCCACUGCCUUGUUGGAGCAUAUACGCAUUUUAAGCACGGGUUCCAAGAAAUCUGCUGAAUCAAUUGAUGAAGCCGUAAAGCCCCUUGAAGAUUCUCAGCAGUUGACAAAAAAGCCCUCCGCCCCGUCUUCAGCUUCAUCCUCUGCUAAUCUGGCUACACCUUGGCAAUUAGCCGCUUCUUCAUUGACCACUGCUUCGUCCUACAACAGCAACCAGAGUGCUUUGACCACAGACAGUGCUUUGACAGUGUCCCAGAAUUCGACUUUGGAUUUGCAUAAUCCCACGCGAGAAAUCGUACGCACCAAAAGUCCUCCACUUAGUGAAGAUUAUGAUCCCUUACUUUGUCCUUUGUGUCGCGAUAUUUUACGUUGCCCGGUUACCGCGAAUUGUGGUCAUACAUUCUGUAGGCAAUGUUGCGAAACCAUAACUAUGUGUAAUAUAUGCCAUUUGAAAUUUCCCCGCUGGCAAAAAGAGGAGGCCACAAGUGAAUCAUCAACUGGUGGCAAAACAAGCGGCAUACACUUUGUCAGUCUUUCAACGGCCACCAGCACCACUACUAGCAGCAGCAGCAGCAGUGCAUCAAGCAUGCAACAGCAGCAGCAGCUUUUGACAUUUCCCCCAAAUGCCAUUGCUGACAAUGCAACACCAGCAGCAGCGGCCGCAUCGGCUGUUCUUGCCCUACCCAGUGGAGAUAUGCCACGCUUACGCAUUGUCAACUCUCCUUUGCCGCCACCAUUGGCAUCACCCACCACGGUGACUACUACAACAAUUGCUUGUACCACAGACACAGCAACCACCACAAUGGCAUCAACGUCUUCAAGCACCUUGAGUGCAGGUGGACGUGGUGGCUCUAGUUCCAGUGAUAAUAUGAAGUUUAUGCCCGAUGUACUGGUGCGACGUCUGGUGGAGAAAUGGUGGGGCACAGAUCUGCAGGCGCGCAAAAUACUUGAGACAGCCACAAGUUAUAUGCAUUUGAAUCUAUUGGAUGAUGCUUUGAAAUUCUGCAAUGUCAGUUUGGAAAAAGCGCCCUCGAAUUUCAAGAGCCUUCUAUUGCGUGCCGAAGUCUUAAGGAAAAUGAAUCACUACCAAAGCUCGCUGGCCGAUGUGGAUAAUGCCUUAAAGUCACGCUACACUUCAGCCAAGGCCCACUAUAUGCGUUCUUUGGCCUUAAGUGAUUUGAGCCGCUACGAGGAGGCACUCUAUGAAAUUUGUUUAGCAAUAAAUUUGGAUAAAUCUUCAAAUCUCAGCAGUACUGAAUUAUUUCAACAUGAUCUCACAAAGAUUCUCCAAAAACUUCUCUCUCAAACUCCGAAAUGCAUUAAACUGGAUUUGCUGAACUCAUCGGCGUUCGCACGUUCCAAAUGCCCCUAUGGCUUCUAUCCAGAGCACAGACUAAGGCGGCGAAAUAUAAUCAUGCAAGGAGAUGAUCCCAUGCAAGUCUACGAAGAAGAUGAUUUCCUGUCGCCCAGUUAUGGCAAAGAAUGUGAUAUUCUGGUCGAUGAUGAUGUCUUGACAUGUAGAGAUUUUCUCAAUUGUGCCGAUAAACGUACCAUGUGUGCUAGAAUUGCAAGGCGCUAUGAAAUGGAAUUGAAAAGACAAACCUCACGUAAGCAUUUUCGGCGGAAAUGGAUGCCAAGGGAAACGGAACUCUUGCCAUCGAUAGAUGUGGAGAGUGCACGUUGCAGUGGACAGUUUCGUAAUGUUUUGGAACGUCUGCAGCAAGAAUUUGUGAGACUGAAAAAAAUUGAAUCCUCGCCAGAGUAUGCUCUGAAACAACUGAUCACAGUGGCGCCUGCCCUCAUUGAUGCCAGCGAUUUUGAUUGUGUGCUGUGUUGCCGCACUUUCUGGAAACCCGUGGUCACUCCCUGUGGCCACACCUAUUGCCUGGUGUGUUUGGAUCGUUGCAUGGACUAUGCCUCCUCUUGCCCCCUGUGUAUGUCUCCCUUGGUGGAGCCCAGUGCGAGUAUGGUGCAAGGUGCCUCAUCACCAGUGCCUUUGAUACUAACCAAACGGCCGGUGACGAAAUUCCUAGAAGCCGCCAUGAAACGUUUCAUUCCAGACAGCUAUAAUAAGCGUUUUCGCCAGGAAAUGGUGCUGGAACCCUCAGUGCCCAUCUUCAUUUGUACCACAGCAUUCCCCUAUGUGCCCUGUCCCUUGUUUGUGUAUGAGCCCCGCUAUCGCCUUAUGGUGAGGAGGGCCGUUGAAUCGGGUGACAAACAAUUUGGCAUUGUGCAGCCGCACAGUGGCAAGACACGCUAUUACGACUAUGGCUGCAUGCUGGAUAUCCGGGACUGUGUGCUGCUGGGAGAUGGCUGUUCCAUACUCAGUACGAUGGGUUGCAAACGUUUUAAGAUUUUAACCCGCAACGAGAAAGAUGGCUAUGAAACGGCCAAAGUGGAGUAUAUACAUGAUGAGACCAUACCCGAGGAGAAUGUGGGCUAUGUGACCAAAAUGCAUGACAUAGUGCUGAAGAAGGCCAUUGCCUGGUACGAAAGUCUAGGCGAAGAUCUCAAGCAUGAGAUUCUACAGAGCUAUGGCGAAAUGCCCAUGGUGGAGAAGAAUUGGGCGAGCAGAGAAGAUGGGCCAGCGUGGGCAUGGUGGAUAAUCGCGCUGUUGCCUUUGAGGCAACAAUUGAAGGUUGAUAUCUUGGCCACCACAUCUUUAGAGAAACGUUUACGUGCCAUCGAAAAGACCAUUCAUUCCAUGCCCGGCAAUUAUCAUUACCAGCGAGUAUCGCAGAACUGCAAUGUCUCGGUGGUGGUGCACAGCCAACAGCAUCAUCGUAACGAUCUCGAUGGGGAUCAUCAGCAUCUUUUAAGGCGACAUCAUGGCGAAAAUCAUGAUGAUGAAGAUGAUGAUCUCGAUAUGGACAAUGACCACAUCGUUCUCAACGAUGAUGGUGAAGAGGACGAUGUGGAGGGAGUUCAAACCAACCUGGAGCAUCAUAUACAAAAUAUUGACGUUGCAGAAGAUGCCGAUGAUGAUGAUGAUGUUAUACAUGGAGAUUUUUUGGACAGAGAUCAGCAUGAUAUACAAGAUCAUGCCACACAGGAACUGCGACAUCAUCAUCAUCAUCAUCACCAUCAUCGCCAACACAGGCGUCAUCAUCAUCAACUGCAUCAUCCGUUGCAACCUCAGGAGGAAGAACAUUUUGAUAAUGUCGAUACCAUUGACGAAUGCUGUCAACGCACAACUACCACCACGCUGGUGGAAGAAGCUGUGGCCAAUGGCCAUAGCGAAGACCUCACCGAGGCAAAUACUGAAAAUCAACAUCAUCACCAUCAACGCCAACAUCAUCAUCAUCAUCAUCAUCGUUAUGAAAAUCAUCAUCAUCAUCACCAUUCAGCACAUUCGUUAUUAUUAUAAAUUUUAAUGUAAUCUUAGGUUAAUUAGUAGUAGAAAAUUCUUCAUUUAGAGGGGCAAACCUUACUACAAAUGUUCUCACUUGCAGAGAAUAUUUACCAUUUCUAAGAGAAAAAACCUCAAUACAUACAGUACUUCAGUGUAUACAGUACAAUGUAAGCCAUAAAACACACAAGGUGUAGAGUACAAAUUGUAUAUUGGGUAUAGAAAGAAAAACGAAUCAAAAAAAAAAAGAUUGUUAACAGUACUGUAUAAACUGUAAAUUAUAUACAGUACGCUAAAAGUUGCCGUAGGUGUGUAUUGCAGAAUAUAACAAAAUAAUGUGUACUCUACAUUCUAUAAAGUACACAAAGAAAAUUAAUGUACUAUAAUUAAUAUUUGCUGAAAAAAAUAGUAUAAAUAUGUACUGUAUAGAAUGUAUCGUAAAUCAUAGAGAGGAUAAUGAAUAGUGUAGUACAAAGUUCUCUGUAAUGUGUUUAGAAAACUGUGUACAGAUAAUUGUAUACUGUUAGUUUUACACAGUUAAUUGUAUACAGUACAUAGUAUACAGUACAAUGUAUACAGUACAUUAUACACAGUACAUUGUAUAUAUGAUAUUGUACACAGUACAUUAUAUAUAUGACACUGUAUACAGUACAUUGUAUACAGUACAUUGUAUACAGUACAUUGUAUACAGUACAUUGUAUACAGUACAUUGUAUACAGUACAUUGUAUACAGUACAUUAUAUGCAGUCGAGUAUCUAAAGUACUUUGUAUACAGUCCACUGUAUGUAGUCCAUUAUAAAGAGUAUAUUGCAUACAUGUCAUUAUAUACAGUUCUUGUAAAUGUACGGCAUGACGUGUACAGAAACUAUGUACAGUACAUACAGAUAAAUGUAUACAGUUAUUUGUAUACUUUUCUUCUCAAUGUUCGGCAAAAUCUGUAUGCUCCCAGACAAAUAUGUUUGCUGAUAUUAGCAAACAUUGUCUGCUGAUUUUACAUUAAACUCUUUUUUACCUUUGACGGAAAAACGUUAAAAUGUUUUAACAUCUAAACGAUCUUUCAUGCAUUUCCCAUAUAUUAACGUAAAUUUGUUGGCCCUUUUAGUGUUAAUUUUUAUACCCUCCACCAUUUCGUCAUUCUGUUUGUAACUCCUCGAAAUAUUCGUCUAAGACCCCAUCAAGUGUAUAUAUUCUUGAUCGUCGUGACAUUUUAAGUCGAUCUCGCCAUGGCCGUCCGUCCGUCUUUCCUUCCGCCCGUCUGCUUGUCGAGAGCACGCAAACUUUCGAACGAGUAACGCUAGCCGUUUGAAAUUUUGCACAAAUACUUCUUAUUAGUGUAGGUCGGUUGGGAUUGUAAAUGGGCCAUAUCGGUCCAUGUUUUGAUGUAACUGCCAUAUUAACCGAUAUUGGGUCUGGACUUCUUGAGCCACUAGAGGGAGCAAUUCGUAACCGAUUUGGCUAAAAUUUUACACCAAGUCUUCUAUUUUAACUUUCAAUAACUCUGCCAAGUAUGGCAGAUCUAAAGCGGUUCAUAACCUGAUAUAGCUCCCAUAUAAAUCGAUAUCGGAUCUUGAUUUCUUGGGCCGAUAGAGGGCGCAUUUCUUAUCAGAUUUGGCUGAAGUUUUGCAGUAAGUAACUCUGCCAAGUAUGGUCCAAAUUGGUUCAUAACCUGAUAUAGCGCCUAUAUAAACCAAUAUCGGAUCUUGACUUCUUCAGCCGCUAGAGGGCGCAUUUCU